AUGUCUACCCUUAGCAAGAAUAUCGACUUGCUCUUGACGCCAACAGUCUUGCGUACAACCAUUGCCGCAACAAUCAUUGGGCUCGCACUGUGCACAGAUGUCGCAAAGGGACGGCCUGGAUAUUCGAGGUGGCAGCUGUGCAAGCAGUUUGCCCGUAACUACACAGCGCCUCUGGCUGUGCCGACAGUACUUGGGUUGUUUUGGCUGAACAAUGUCAAUCUCUUUGUCCCAAAACCAUACAUGGAUGAGAUCUUCCACAUACCUCAGGCUCAAGUCUAUUGUGAAGGUAGACACACUCAAUGGGAUGACAAGAUUACUACACCACCAGGAUUGUAUGUGACGCACAAAUACUACCUCAGUAUCAUCUGGGCUCGAGUCUUAGGUCAUCCAGACUGCUCGGCGGAAACGCUCCGCCGGUUUAAUGUCUUCGCUACAGCGCUCACAGCUGCUGUUGCUACAGCAUGUCGCUCUACCAUCGAAGGAUCUUAUCAGAAGAACAAGGACAGCUCCGUCUACUCCAUCCAUACGGGUAUCAAUAUUGCCCUGUUCCCGGUGUUGUUCUUCUUCUCCGGCCUCUACUACACAGAUGUGAUCUCGACCUGUGUUGUGCUUGUGGCAUAUCUAAACCAUUUGUCGAGAACAAAGCAAGGCUCAGCUGGUAUUUCCUUGACAAGUGACCUCUACACAAUACUCUUGGGAGUGCUUGCCCUAUGCAUGCGCCAAACCAACGUGUUCUGGGUCGUGGUGUACAUGGGGGGCCUCGAGGCUGUACAGGCCAUCCGGGACCUGCCUGUCAGUCAUGAAAACACUGUUCUCGACACAUGGGCCAAACAAGCAAAAUUCUUCGUAUACAGAUCAUCUAUUGGCGACAUUCAUGACACCUCGCUCGAGGAUGCCUGGCCAGAAGACCUUGUACUCUGUCUUCUCAGCAUUGGUAUCGCAGCCGUGUUCAACGUUGGGCGUGUUUUACGCCGAGUGUUCCCCCACAUUGCCAUUGUCGCCCUCUUUGCGGGCUUCGUCAUGUGGAAUGGGGGCGUCGUGCUUGGGGACAAGACAAAUCAUGUGGCGACGCUUCACCUGGCGCAGAUGCUCUACAUCUGGCCCCUCUUCGCUUUUUUUUCAGCUCCCAUAUUCCUGCCCCAGGUGCUUCACUUACUGGUUACUGUUCAGAAGUAUAUAACUUCUCGCAACACUGUGAAGCCAUCCAAGACUUCAGGCCAAUCGAAAAGCAGUUCUCAGCCAGAGAUCAACUAUCUUGGCAUCUGCCUUUCAGCUCUGGCACUGGUAGGAGCAACCAUGGUCGCUGCGCUGAUUGUCCACUUAAACACCAUCAUUCACCCUUUCACUUUGGCAGAUAACCGCCAUUACAUGUUUUACGUCUUCCGGUACAGCGUUAUGCGCGGUCCCGUCGUUCGCCUCCUGCUAGCCCCAGUGUACGUCUUUUGUGCCGUCUUGGUCUGGACAUCUCUAUAUCGACUCAAACCACAGAGUCCCUCAACGGCUCCAAUCAUAAGAGCCAACUCCGCUGCUACGGGGGUACCGACGUCGCAGGUCCUCAUCCUACUUCUCACCACUACACUGAGUCUGAUGACGGCACCCCUUGUUGAGCCGCGAUAUUUUAUCCUUCCUUGGAUAUUUUGGCGUCUAUCAGUGCCACAACGCACAAAUCAACGACGAGGUGGCUGGGAUUGGUCCCUAGCUUUGGAGUCGUCAUGGUUUCUGGCGGUAAACGCCGUCUUGAUGUACAUUUUUCUUGCCCGGCCUUAUAUCUGGAAGACAGACGAUGGGCAAAUACUAGAUGGCGGCAAUGUCCAACGGUUUAUGUGGUAA